AUGCUCGUAGCCGAUACGUUCGUGACAGUGGUUUUGCUUACGAAUGUUGAGCGAAAUUAUUUCUAUUUUGAAAAUUUGCAGUAUGUUAUCAAGGCGAUUUCCUCGGGUAUUGCUGCAAUCGCAACUGUUUUGCGAGAAUUGCCUUCCUUCGAUUAUCGUCAAACUUUCGCGGAAUUCGAUUCGUUUCCAGCCUACACAAUAAGAUCGCUGUCAUCGCGCAAUGAUGGUGAGCGAAGUGAACUACACUAUACUCCAUUGACACGGUCCGUUACCGGAGAAGAUACAAAUGGUCUGAAUCGGAUUCCGUACAGUGCAGACGAACUGCAAGCCGGGACAGCGAUGCUGAGAAGAAUUGUUCAAGAUUUGAAGCAACAAAAAGGAGUAACUUUCAUUCUACCGCUGAAUAAUGAAGACGCUAUGCAGUUGAUCAUUCAGCCGUUUCGAAAGCUGAUCGAAGAAGCAAGACGUGGUCAGUUGACGUAUGAUCUGACCGAGACUCUUGUUGAUCAGUGUGCGAUGACAUUCGAAGACGCUAUUCGUUUAUUUGCCACUUAUACAGAUGAAUUGUUGAGUAUUGAUGUGGAAACGAUGAGGAAACGACUGAGUGUUUUGAUAGGUUGCAACAUAUCGGCCGGUGUACCGUUGGGUCGCGUUGUGCGUAAAUGUCCUGCUGUGCUAUUCGCUAGUCAACCGAAACCAAUGGCCAUCAUUGCCGAAAGUCUUUCGGCGUUCUUCUCUCGAAGCCAGAUUUCGAUGAUGGUCUCAAAUACACCGCAUAUAUUGUUGGGUUCGAUGGAUGAGCUGGAACCAAAAUAUGAAUAUAUCUACUAUCAUAUGUGUAUGGACGAGAGUGAAUUUGGCGAUUGUAAACGUUGGGUGGAUAUGCCAUUGGAGGAGAUUAUUAUGCGACAUGAGUUUUUGCAAAAAACCGGUAAAUAUACGUCACCAGAUCCGAAACGACCACAAUUCAAAAUGGAGAAUCCACUCUUGAAGCAAAUUCUCGAUACGCCCGAUGCGUAUUUCGCGAAUCAAAUAGCCGGAGUGAGUCAAGAGGAGUGGAUUGUUUAUAAAGGAUUAUGCGAUAAACUCGAGCAACAAUCCGAUAAAGAGAAACCUUUUGAGCGCAUAAAGCCCUCACAACGGAAAGCGUUCGAACGAAGGCGUAAGGCGAGUGCAGAUGUGCAGAAAUCGCACGUUUUCGAUGAAACUCCCGAUUCAGAUUAA